AUGAGGCUUUUCGGGCGGAAGAAAAAGCCCAGCGAAGCUCCCCCGAGUUCGGGAAAACAAUCCAGCCCAUGGAAGAAGAUCUGGCGCUGGAAACUGAGCGGUUCAAACAAGAUUUCAUCAGCUCAAAAUGACUACGAAGCGCACACUGAGGAGGCCAAAGUUGCCGGAUCGACCAGUCCAUCACGAGAUGCCGACGAAGCGAAAGCAACGAAUGCUCCAAACACAGAAACAUCCGUCGAGUUGUUACCUUCAAUGUCAUGCCCAACGAACAACAAACCAACGCCUAAAGAUGGCGGUGCAACGGUGGACUCACCAUCUUUAUGGGAUCUGGCGUAUAAAGCCCUUGCACAAGAGAAACCAGAAAUAGUGCAGGCAUACGAGGAACUGCUGUUCAAAACCUCGCCUUACCUCGAGGAGACACCCUCAACGGAUGACUUGAAAGACGUCCUAUCCAAGGCGUCCAAUGGCCGGACGAAGCCACUCGACCUCUCCAAUACCGAAACAGCGGAACGAAAAGCACAGAGUGAUACAAGUUCACGGCAGACAAUGGAAAACAUCAUUGCCAUGGGCCAGAAACACAUGGAGCGAAAGCAAAUUGCCUUUAAGGUUGGGACGCAGAAGUUUGUGCUCCAAGAUCAAAUGCAGCAUUUUGUUACAGGUAUCCAGUUUGGGAAAGCCUGGAUCGAUGAUGCGGUGCAGGCCAGCCCGAUGGCAAGUGCUGCCUGGGCGGGCGUCUGCUUGCUUUUACCCCUCCUGACCAAUCCAGCCGAAGUCGACCAAGCAAACAAAGAGGGCAUCGCGUAUGUUACUCAAAAGAUCCAGUAUUACACAGAUAUGGAGUCGUUUUUUCUGCAUGGGAAAAAUGAGCAGAUUUUCCCAGCACAGGCGAAACACAAUCUACGAAAACUCCUUAUCGAUCUUUACAAGGCAAUUAUCGACUUCCAGGCCCAGAGUGUAUUGCGGUUCUUCAGAAGCCGAUUCGCCACCUUCGUUAGAGAUGUUGCGAAAUGGGACUCUUGGGAGGAGAUGCUCCAAAAUGUGAAAGGGUUAGUGCGCAAUGUCGACGAUAUGUCCCAGCAAAUCAAUGCCGCAGCGACCAGAGCAGCACUCGACGAGCUCGUCCAAAUGACGAGGGAGGCAGAAGAAAACAAGUGUCUACAAACUUUGAAACGAGGAGACUAUGUUUGGUACAAAGAGCGCGUGCAAAACCGCGUAUCAGAUACGUGUUCUUGGUUCCUCAACCAUGAGAGCUACCAAUCAUGGUUAGCGGCCGAAUCUGGUCCAUUGCUGGUCUCGGCCGAUCCAGGGUGCGGCAAAUCCGUCCUCGCGAAAUACCUUAUCGACUCCAAAUUCGACUUCAUGUUAUCCAACGACUUUGCGAUAUGUUACUUCUUUUUUAGGGACACUGACCAGAACACGAUUGAGCUGGCUCUGUGUGCUUUGGUCCACCAAUUGCUUUGCCUGCGCCCUCAGCUAAUGCGGCAUGCCUUGGCAAGAUAUAGGCAGGACGGAGCAGGGCUUGCCGAAAAUGUUACUGCUCUUUGGAGUAUUUUGGAGAGUGCUAGCGCUGAUCCAGAGGCCGGAGCUGUUUUGAUUAUUCUUGACGCUCUGGACGAGUGUCGUCAAGAUGAACGCCACAUGCCAACAUUGUCACGGUUCAUCCACGAACAUUUCAAUCAAGCCAGACCAAAAAGCUUGAAAAUCCUCCUGACCAGUCGGCCCUACCAAGGAACAAUUCACCACAUUCAAAAACUCGAAAACAACUUUCCCAACAUCCGAGUCAAGGGCGAAGAUGAUUCGGAAACGAUUAGCGAGGAGAUCAAUGCAGUCAUCGAAUAUCGCGUUGGCCAAAUACCCAAGUUGGAUCCAGCCCUCAAACAACACCUAGAAGAACGCCUUAAAAUCACGGUGAAUGAGGCUCGGUUUGAGCAUGGAUACACCAUCUCUGAAAGAUCUUGA